UCUGUGGUUGUCUGUAUUCGUUGGAUGAAACUCCUCUGAGAGAUGGAGCAUAGCGGGCUCCUGGCUGUUCUGCUACUGGCAGUUCUCCCUCAAGGGAGCCCUUUCAAGAUAACAGUGACUGAACACGAAGACCAAGUAUUUCUUACUUGCAAUACCAGCAUUGUACUUCUAGAGGGAACAGUGGAAGAACGGUUUGCAAAAAAUAAAACACUGAAAUUGGGAAAAGGCAUCCUGGACCCACGAGGAGUGUAUACGUGUAAUGGGACAGAUGACCUGAAGAAUACGGUGUCUACCAUACAAGUCCAUUACCGAAUGUGCCAGAACUGUGUGGAGCUGAAGUCAGCCACUCUGGCUGGCAUCAUCGUCACUGACCUCAUCAUCACUCUGUUCCUGGCUUUGGGAGUCUACUGUUUUGAAGGACAUGAGACUGGAAGGCUCUCUGGGGCUGCUGACUUUCAAGCCCUGUUGAAGAAUGAGCAGCUGUAUCAGCCUCUUCGGGAUCGCGAUGAUGCUCAGUACAGCCGUCUUGGAGGGAAUUGGUCCCGGCACAAAUGAUCUUGAGAAUGAGCUCCGCAGAGUGUCCUAUCAACCGUGCCCUCCCUCCGUGCUCAAUAAAG